AUGGAGAACCAACUACGUUAUGACCCAAGAUUUAGCUACGUCCUCAGAAGCAGCCAGCCCUCCUCUAACCUCACAACCAACUCGAUCAAUGCCACACACACCAUCAGUGUGUUUGAUGGGUGUGAAGAAAUGGUGAGCGGUAUCGUGUUUGACUUAACUAUGCAAUCCUUCAAUGUGAUCAUAGGAAUACCAGCCAACAUUCUGGUCAUUGCAAACCUAAUAAAUACCAGGAAUGAUCCAUUAACUUCUGACAUCUUCUUGGGCUGCCUGGCCUUCAUGGAUGCCUUAUUUGGCUUUAUGACGAUCAUAUCAUUCCUCAAUCUCUACCACUGGAGAAGUGCACUGGGUUGGAGGGCUCUGAAGUUCUCUUAUGGUGUGAAGGACACCAGUGGGCCACUCUUUCUCUCCUGCGUCUGUCUGGAUCGCUUUAUAGCUGUUAUCUUCCCCAUCACAUUUGGGCAGUUGAAGGACAGAAAAUACAGGGUCAGCCUCUCCAUUGUGGUUUUUCUGCUUACCUUUGCCUAUGCUUCAGCCAAAACCAUUGGUGGCCUCCACAACUUUGAGAAGGUUUUCACCGGUGAGGUUUUGUUCACUUUCACCUGGAUGGUGGUGUGUAACGCCGCCAUUCUCUGGGCCCUGAAACGCUCCAGAGGAUCUGGAAAAGAUGAGAUGCAUCCUAUGAAAAGAAAGGCGUUCAAGAUGGUUCUUUCUAUUCUGGUCAUAAUCGUGUCUAACUAUCUGCCUCCAGUUGCUCUGUUCCCCUUUGAGGACCAUUAUCCACAUAAGAUAUUCACCUGCUAUGUGCAACCAGUGGGAUUUGCCUUUGUAAACAUCAGUAGUACUAUCCAGCCCUUAGCUUACUUGAGUCGCCUAGAGAAAGUUCCUUUCUUGCCUGAAUCUUAUUUCCAGAAGUUAUGCUGCAAAAAGAAAGACAAGCCCUCAAACAAAUGA